AAGACUACAUUUACCAUGACGCCUUUCUGUGCUGCUCGCCGGUUUGGACUACAUUCCGGCAGCGACAAAGACUACAUUUCCCGCGACCCGCCGCUCUUCCUGGGGGGGAAAAAAAUGUCGGCUCUGGCGGUGGUUGAAACUCCCUCCGGUAAAGAUGCUAUUGCCGAGGGUCUGCUGGAUCUGUUAAAACCGGCCGUUCAGCAGCUGGACCUGCACGUUCACGCCGUCAGAGAGAGUCAAGUUGAGCUGCGGGAACACAUUGACAAUCUGGCUUCAGAGCUGUGCAGGAUCAAUGAAGACCAGAAGGUGGCGCUGGACCUGGACCCCUAUGUGAAGAAGCUGCUGAGUGCACGGAGGAGGGUGGUCCUGGUAAACAACAUCCUGCAGAACGCACAGGAGCGUCUCCGACGGCUAAACCACAACGUCGCCAAGGAGACGGCGCGCAGGAAAACCAUGCUGGAGACUGCGGGGGUGUUCACCCCCCGAUCCCCGAGCAAAUAACAACACAGUCCAGGGCCUAACCAACCCCCCCCCCCCCACCUACCCCCACCACAUAGCAAAUAACACCCCUGCCUCAGCACCGCUUGGUACAGCCUAUGGCCUAACCCCACCCCCCGUGCACAGCUUGGUACAGUCCAGGGCUGGCUUGUCAUUGUGAGAAAUGCUCCCAGUACCAGGUAAAUUGCAAAAUCGGUGCUUUAGCUUGUACUGUAAAAAUGCUUUGGUUUCCUUUAUAAGCCCAUGCAAGAGAUGUAUAAAUGCAAGCUUGGGGGAAGAGUAACUUGUGACAGUCUCAUUAAUCGACCACUUUAAAGCCUGGCGAUUUGGACAGUGCUGCUUCCUGUGUGAACUGAACUGAGACAGCACUAGAAACCAAAACUGAUGCCAUUGCAGCCCCUGCUGGACGGUUUUCGGAAUGCAGUUGCUGCCUUGGGCCAUUAGAGGGCAGCAUUGCCUUCCAAUGGGGAGCAGAAAGUGGGGAUUCUGAGCAGGAAAGUGUUUUCAGUGGGGUUCCACAUGUUCGCAUACAGGCAUGGGUGCAGUCCUAGACAUCUGCAUUGGAUGUGUUAAACACAAUGCUGAUUUUGACCCACUUAUGUUGCUGAGACGUCGCAUGUGAUUAAGAAUGUGAGCAAAGCCUAGGAGAGGUCAGAGGUCAUUAGGUCACGCCUCGUGUUUUUUAACACAAUUCUUCUGAAGUGUAACAUCCUAACCCUGUACGCAGUGACCCGGUUCAAUGAUAUUAAAGAAGCAGGGUUGUAUUUAACUGGGGUUCGGGCUACUUAGUGAAUGAACAGCUGCAAUAAUAAUAAUAAUAAUAAUAAUAAUAAUAUGAAUUGUAUUGUAUAUAAUGUAUUAACAAUAAAGAUCAUUCAUUUCCUUGUUUAA